UACCGUGGCAACGACACCGGAAGCCGGAAGUGGGGAUUUCAGCCGCCGGAGAAGGGAAGAGCUACCGCGGAAUCGGGACUUGGAGUGACGGGUUCGAGGAGCGCUCGCGACCCGCUGCUCCCGCCCUUCUCCCGUCGGAUCGAUUCUGCUGACAGGUGUGGCCCUCUUCCCCGAAGACAGGAAGACAGGGUACCAUCGGUGGGCGGCCCACCGCCUCCUAGAUUCCCCCGGACGUCCAGGCUUCCUACUCCUGUUGGGCCCCGGUCCGUUUCUGCUGCCCGCUCCUAGGGCACUGGCCCAGGCGGGGCCAAUGCUGGACCCAGGUUACUUUGGCGGCGAGCUUGACUGUUCCGCUUGUCCCUCCUCCGUGGCUGCGGAGUUUGACCACGCCCCUAGUUCGUGGAUGACUCUUCUAGUUCGGAGAUAUUUUCUGUUCAUCAAACUUGACUGCAUUUGAGGUUGUUAAAUUCUUAAAAAAGAUCCCAAUACAAUUUGGCAGCGAUCUUAUCUCCACGUGCCUCCGUUUGCUCACUUUGCAAAAACGAUUACUGUCUACCCGACCUCAUACCGUGGGAAUCCGCACAGAUCCCGGGUGACGCUCCUGCUGCCUUUCUCUUCCAAACCUUGACUUGUUGAAUGAGCAGGCCCCCCUGGAAGAGUCCGCAGUGUGAGAUGGUGCAGCCCAGCGGGGGCCCGGCUGGGGACCAGGACGUGCCGGGUGAAGAGCCUUCUCUGGGGAAGCCGACCAUGCUCCACCUGCCUUCGGAGCAGGGUGCUCCUGAGACCUUCCAGCGCUGCCUGGAGGAGAACCAAGAGCUCCGAGAUGCCAUCCGGCAGAGCAACCAGAUGCUGCGGGAGUGCUGUGAGGAGCUGCAGCGAUUCCAGGGCAGCCAGAGGGAGGAGAAGGAGUUCCUCAUGCAGAAGUUCCAGGAGGCCAGGAAGCUGGUGGAGAGACUGAACCUGGAGAAGCUGGACCUGAAGAGACAGAGGGAGCAGGCCCUGCAGGAGGUGGAGCACCUGAAGCGAUGCCAGCAGCAGAUGGCUGAGGACAAGGCCUCGGUGAAAGCCCAGGUGACGUCCUUGCUGGGGGAGCUCCAGGAGAGCCAGAGCCGCUUGGAGGCUGCCACCAAGGAUCGGCAGGCUUUGGAGGCCAGGGCCCGGGCAGCCAGUGAGCAGGCCCGGCAGCUGGAGAGCGAGCGGGAGGCGCUGCAGCAGCAGCACAGCGUGCAGGUGGACCAGCUGCGCAUGCAGAACCAGAGCAUGGAGGCGGCUCUGCGCAUGGAGCGCCAGGCUGCCUCCGAGGAGAAGAGGAAGCUGGCGCAGCUCCAGGCAGCCUAUCACCAGCUCUUCCAAGAUUAUGACAACCACAUGAAGAGUAGCCUCGUGAGUAAUGAGCGAAACCGAGGAAUGCAGCUGGAAGAUCUCAAGCAGCAGCUCCAGCAGGCCGAGGAGGCCCUUGUGGCUAAGCAGGAAUUGAUCGAUAAGCUGAAGGAAGAGGCGGAGCAGCACAAGAUUGUGAUGGAGACCGUUCCGGUGCUCAAGGCCCAGGCGGAUAUCUACGAGGCUGAUUUCCAGGCUGAGAGGCAGGCCCGGGAGAAGCUGGCCGAGAAGAAGGAGCUGCUGCAGGAGCAGCUGGAGCAGCUGCAGCGGGAGUACAGCAGGCUGAAGGCCAGCUGUCAGGAGUCGGCCAGGAUUGAAGAUAUGAGGAAGCGGCAUGAGGUCUCGCAGCCCCCUGCCCAAGCUCACCAGUCCUUUCACCCCGCCUUGUUCAGCCAGAGGAGAAGCCCCCCCGAGGAGCCGCCUGACUUCUGCUGCCCCAAGUGCCAGUAUCAGGCUCCUGACAUGGACACCCUGCAGAUCCACGUCAUGGAGUGCAUUCAGUAGAGCCGCCUGCCAGGGACCAGCCCAGGACAGUGCAAUCUUCGCUCUCCUCUCCCGCCUGCCUCGUUGCAGGCGAGGUGACGAAGAGCAGGCUGCUUCUUUGAGCGCCCCGAGCUAGCUGCAGGGACUUCCGCUUCCGCUUCCCCGGCCGCUGGUUUGCCUCUUUCAGGUCCCACGGGGUCCCAGCCUGACGCUGUGCUCGUUUCGUCCGUUCUGCCUGCUUGAACCACUUGCCUCUCGGGCUCCCUCUUUCACCUCCACUGAGGAAGUCAGGAAUCAAGGUCAAGGCUCUCAGAGAAGGACUGCUUCCCAGCCUGAGAUGGGAGGGAGCCCUUCCCUCUGACCCAGCUCCAGCGCAUGCGCUGCCAGCACAGUCCUGGGCUGUGUGCUCUUCCGCUGGGAGGCUGCAUCACGGCAUUUGCCUUGUUGCCAGUCCUUUUAUUGUCAUAGAUAAUGUCGCAGUGAAAA